CAACAUUGGGUUGAGUAUGUGAUGAUGGAAGAAGUGUGAAUGAUUGAUUGGUGUUAUAACUCGUACAGGCGAUCAACUACUAGGCCAAGUAAGGCUAGUAUAAGUACUGUAGGCCCACUACUAUGUGAAUUUCGUCUUUUCAAACCUAAGUCUUAUCAGUAUUGAUGGUCAGUCGUACAGAAUGGUGAACAUGGAUUCUUCUACUACUACUAAAGUUUCUAAAAGAGUUGCUCGGAAAAUAAAUCAUUAUUUGAACAAAGAGAGAGUUGAAAGCGAGUAUGAUCCAUCUGGAAAUGGACUGCACACAACAAAUCCCUUAAUGGCUAAGUAUGAAUUGGCAUAUCUAGUAACCACUGAGGAUAAAAAUUUGAAGUCCCUCCAGAAGGAAAAGGAUCAAAGUUCAGAUAGCCAGAUGUUAGUUUUACCGUGCUUAGUUCCAUCAGCCCAAUGCAAGAGUCAUGUUCGAAAGUCGGAUGCAAAAAGGGUUACUGUUGCGGCCAGAGAGAUCAUUAAUUCCUUGCCAGUGAAAGAAAUUGAUAUGAUUCGUAGAUAUCGACCCUCUUGCCGAGCAACGGACACUAUCGAAAAUGGCAAAGUCUCCCAGAUGUCAAGGAGUGUCCAUGCAAUGCUGAACACUAAAGAAGCUGUUGAUUUUGCUGUUAAACAUGAUAAGAAAACACAGAGGAUGCGGUCGAAGUCUGCCCAUCAAUUGAGAAGGUCCUCAAUUACGUCAGCAGAUGGAAUGCAGUCUUCCCGCAGUAGCAAUUAUCAGCAUAAAAUGGAUUCCUCGGUGAAAUUGCGGAAAAAGAAACUAAGACAGAGAUACACAGAGCUACCAUUCGGUCCGGGAAACAGUUCACACAUCGCCACAUGGCUCAGUGAGCAAAGGAUGAAAGAUAUAAAAGCAAUGAAGAAUAAAGAAAAACAGAAGAAAAGAGCAGAAAAAGAGGCUGAGAUUGAAAAAGAAAGAAGAGACAAAGAGGAGAUUACCACAGCAAUGGAAUCACUACAAAUUGAUGUUGCAAAAUCAAAUGAUAAGGAUGAAAAGAACAAUGCGAAUCACAUUGAAGAAUCAAAUGAGAAUGGAAGAAAAGGAAGAAGCAAAAACAGAAAACAUGAAAAGCACAAAGACAAGAAAAGAAAGGAAAAAGUUGGGGACAAUUUCUCCUCAUGCUCAUCAAGAACAAACCCAGAAGACGAACUGGAUGAUGUCAAGCAUCUGCAAGAGAAAUCUGAAUUUGGAUGUAACAGCAGACACGAUGCAGAGGAAAGUAGUGGUGGAAAAGUGGAUCCUAAACAUGAAAAUGAUAAAUGUGAUAUUAAUCAGGAGUCAACUGACACUAAAUGUGAGUUAGUAAAAGAGCCAAUCACGGAAACUGUACAUGAUGUGGAACCAAUGAAAGUGGCCUUAGAAGAUACUGAUUCUCAUAAUAAAACCCAAGGACCAGAUGAAUCUAUUGUGAAUGCCAGCGAGAAAGAGAAAGAUCAUAAGGAAGAAAAUAUUGAGAAAGAGAAAGAUCAUAAGAAAGGAAAUAUUGAAACAAAGCAUAUGCCAAUGAAGGCUUCUUAUAAAGACAGUGAAAAAGAUGAAAAUAGGUCGAUUGACACUAACGUUGAUAGAUCAAAAGGGGAGAGUGGUCAAGCGAGUGUAAAAACUGUUGAAUAUGCAAGAACUGAAAGCAUGGUGUCUCUUCCAAGAUCAUGAUCAAUAAUUAAUUAAAUUUACAUUGUGAUAUUUUAUAGCAAGAAUUCAGUUGAUGUUGUAUUACGUUUACGUUGAGUACUUGAAGUGGUCCCUCAGUUGGGACUUGACAUCGAGCAAAAAAACUGCUUAGUGUGCAUGACGCGGGCAAUGGACGUGACACAGGAAAAGUAAAAUUGGUUCGAGUACAACUUGACUUCUCCAUUAAAUAUGUUGUGGGACGGACCUCUUGAACUCAUGGAAGGAUUGUUCAGUGAGGGCUCAACCAGGGAGAUGCAGAGUGAUUUACACCAGUUCCUGUUGAUCUAGAGUAAAUAAAAAUCACCUAUUUCUAUUAAUUGUGGAGUGGAUGUUUAGUUGGCAGAAUGCCUAUUAAUUAACAUAGCAUGUAUGUGGUGAUUAGACUGCAGGGCUCACUUCAACCCUAAUCAUAAGGAUAGGCAAUUUUAAGUUAUUGUCGCCAAAAAGAACAAAAAAAAAAAAACACUUUGUUAAAUGCAUUGAAUUCUCUUUGGUUUGAUGUUUUUUUUUUUAAUACAUGAUUGACAACAGAUGUAACGAUCAUAUAGAAUAUGGUCAGUAUUUGAAUUGUGUGGGUAUUGAAAUAUGUAGCACUUUAGAGACUAUUAAACAUAAGUUGCCAUGUAAAAGCUAGUUACUUAACAUUUAUAGCAAAUACAGUAUUACAGUACUGCUCAGACUAGCCCCAUUCCUACAAACUACAAGCCAAGAGCCCUGCAUGUCAGGUAGAGCUUUUCUUUAUGGAUUUCCUGUAUUCUUAAAGCUACAUUUACACUAGACACGACAACGACAUAAUCAUCGCGUCGUUUAUACUCUUCAACACAUAUUUAUCGUGUCGUUGUGUUGUUAUUGUGUCUAGUGUAAAUGUAACUUAAAGUACACACAAUUUACUUUAAACUGAUCCUAUGGUUUUUAGUCCUUAUCUGAGAAGACUUAGUUGAAAAGUUGAAAAAAAAAAAACAAUCAUGGAAGUAUAGAAAUAUUUUUAUACCUUCAUGCUGAUAUUAAGGCUGUAGGCUGUGGCGCUCAUGCAUUUAUCUACCCUGGUACUCAAAUUGCGCUAUUGUACACAUUUAGGUUAGUGUUUCAUAAAUAUGUCUGUACAAGUUAUGUUUCAUGUACAGUUGAUGAUUAUCAAAAACAGUGUUAUUUAUACCUCUAAAGCUUGAACACCGUACACAUCAGUUUCUUUUGACAAUAUUAACUUUCUAAAUAGAUACUAGGCCUACAGUAUAUACUAUUAAAAUUUUAGGCUAUAAAAUAACAAGUUGUAAACAGUGCUAGGCUAAGUCUUAAAUGAUAUUUCUGAUAUCACUAUAAAUAUCACAUUCUGGUUAUUUUUAUAGAAAAUGUAGAAAUUUAUAUAUAUGUAACUUAUUUAUUUAUAUAUUAAUAUUAUUGGAAUUGACCUUUGACAUGAAAGGUCAUAAGAUACAUAAUAUAUGCUGUCUGUGUUGCGCUAUGACUGAAGAAUAAAUUCAAUACUGGUAUUUGAA